UGAUGCCAGGAGUGCAGCUGACUUCCCAGCAGGCACCAGUUGGAAGAUAAAAGUCCUAGUUUAAACAAGAUUCCUGGGAAUUACUUAAUGUAGUAAGGAAGCCACAAAAGAGAGUGAAGAUGAAAACAAGCCUAUUUAAAUGCACCCCUGAGCAAGCCCUUCCAUGUUUAACUGCUAAACUACAGACUUAAGGUUUUACAGCUCCUCAUAUAUUGCUGUGGCAAACUGGCCCCGCAAAUGACAAACUGUCUGGAUAUAAAAACCCGUGACACAAAGUAGCACCAUGGUUAACAGACACUAAAUGCCUCCAUUCAUCAGUGUCAUCACGACUGACUAGCCUGACCUUAUCCCCAGCAAUGCGAAAGCUCUCUGCUCAAGAGCUGGCAACCGGAAGCCUUCACAGCAAGAGAGACAGUUGAGCAAUGUGGUCACACAGUCAUCACACCCUCCACCAAGGCUAUGAAGCAGUGGGAAGUAGUCCCCACCUUAGUACAAAUGGGGUGUCCUCUUUCUCAGGGAAGACCACACCGUCUGUAAUCCAAGGUACAGUAGAAGUCCUGUCCUCUUUAAUGCAAGAACUACAAAACAGUGGAAAGGCUGACGCGGAACUUUGGAAAAACUCUGAGACCGGGUGGUUACAGUUAUUCAGUUUGGUGGAAAAACAAUGUCAAGAACAAAUCGUCGCCCAGCAGGAGCAGUUCCACAGCCAAGUUCAACGUAUUCAGGAGGAGAUCAGAAAUUUAGUCAAGUUGCAGACAUGCAAUGCUUCCUGGGCUUCCUUUGAUAGUUCUUUAAACAGACAAGUAUCUUCAGAAAGUCCAAUGGGUUUUUUUUCUGAAAACAGUGAGAGAAAUGAAUCUGUCAUCAGUUACCCUAAGUCCCGAGAACCUGAAAUGCAGCAAGAAACCUCUGCAUCCCAGCCAGACUGCAGCGUGGACGGCGGCUCUGUGAGCAGCGGGUAUGGUACCUUCAGUGUCUCCGAGCUAAACACCUGCAAGUCUGAGGACCGUAAGGAGUGCAUGGAGCACAGAGAGGGGGCCCUGGGACCGCAUGGGACCCCGGCGCUGCAGGCCCAGCCACUCACGGAGGCUGCCACAGCCACGAGUGGCCCCACGCGGGCUGCCGACGACUUCUGUGCACCUUUCAAGGAAGAUACUUCCAUUUUCCAUGGUGAAUUUGAACACGCUUUUCUUGGUGAAAAGAUUUCUGAAGUGUACAGUGGAAAAACAAACAGUAAAUCUGUGACAUCAUGGGCUGAAAAGCUGAAGCAGAACCAACCAAAGCGAGCACACAUGGAGGAUUCAAAUCCCACCCUCGGGAGCGAGGAGGCCAGGAAGCCCCCCGCCGGGAAGUCUGAUUGCACUGCUGCUGCCCGUCCACGUGCUUUUUACCUCUGUAAGCCAGAGGGAAGGCCACAGGCUUGGACGUCUGAUUCAGGAGCAGGAUCGAUCUGCUGGGCGCUGGAGGAGAGCCACACACGUCCCCGUCUGCCCCGGACUUUAGAGGAAGCCUUCGCACCACCCCCUGAGGAGUUGUCUGAGAACCAGUUUAAUACUGGUAAUGAGAUGACGCUACCAUCACUGAAGGAAAUUUAUCAUAAAAAACAAAGGGAAAACAAGCAGUUCCCUGAGAGGAACCUCACUUCUGCUUCCAGCCCAAAUCAUCCGCCAGAGGUUCUGACUCUGGACCCAACGAUCCACAUGAAGCCACAGCAGCGGGGGGUGGGGACUCAGCCCCCAGACUUCGGGGAUGCCCUCGACGCUAGGACAGCCUUCUCGCCAGACUCUGUUCUAGAACCCAGCAUGUCUAGCCACUCUGAUAUAGACUCAUUUUCACAAGCAAGUAACAUCACUUCUCAGUUACCUGGAUUCCCAAAAUAUCCUUCAAAUUCAAAAGCUUCGCCAGUGGACUCCUGGAAAACUCUUGGCUUCCAAAACGGAAGCAGGACCAGUUCCCCCUUUGCUUCUGCGUGCACCAUCACUGGUAGCGACACCUCGGUCAACACCGUGGAGGAGGGAGACACUGUCAUGGUAACUGCAGCCUCGGUCGGUCAGUCCCAGCUUCCAGGUACAGCCAACAGUGCCCCAGAAUGCGUUUCAUUGACUUCCCUGGAAGAUCCUGUCAUAAUGUCUAAGAUUAGACAGAACCUCAAGGAGAAGCAUGCUCGGCACAUAGCAGAUCUUCGUGCUUAUUACGAAUCAGAAAUAAAUAGUUUGAAACAGAAACUAGAGGCAAAAGAAAUUUCUGCAGUUGAAGAGUGGAAGAAAACCAAUCAAAUUCUGGUGGACAGAUGUGGCCAGUUGGACAGUGCUCUUAAUGAAGCUACUAGUCGUGUGAGAACUCUUGAAAAUAAGAAUAACUUACUGGAGAUAGAAGUGGUAAGUAAGUACUCUGUUUUUUUGCUGUUGUUCUAAUGACUUAAUGUUAAAAUUUUUAAAGUAAAAUUUAA